GGAGGUAAUAGUAUGCGUGUGCAGCAUCCGUUUCCCUUUCCCAUUCUUUUUUAACAAAUCAGGUCCUCCCGAUCUCACCACCACUUUACAUUCCUCCAUCGACCUUCACCUUCAAAAAAAAAAUAAAGACCAUGGCAACACUGAACCACUGCAGAAAAGUCUGGACCAACUUUUUGAAUGCCGGCGGGUUUGAUAUGCAGGCCCUCUCAGGGCUCAAACUAGUCUCGGCAUCCAAAGGAUCGAUCUUGUGCGAGUUACAAGUUGAGAAACAGCAUCUGAACCGACUGGGUGGAUGUCAUGGUGGACUACUUAGUACGAUCGUCGAUGUCGGUGGAUCGUUGGCCAUUGCUGCUGAGAACAUGCACGCGACUGGCGUUUCGACUGAUCUCAAUGUCUCGUUCGUUUCUGGUGCCAAGAUCGGCGAUAAGUUGUCCAUCGACUCGCGUUGCGAUAAUGUGGGUGGGUCUUUGGCGUUCACAUCCGUCGAGAUCAAAGUCGGCGACAAGGUUGUUGCACUGGGUCGACACACCAAGUUCGUUCGUAAUGCACACAAGCAAAACGCGGAAAUGAAGAGAUUAGAAGGAGCUGCAGCAUCCGAGUAAAAAGGCUUGUAUGCCAGACAACGGCGACAUGUCGUGUAUGUGUGUGCCCUGCAUGUUAUCUAUAGACAAGUUCAUGCAAUAAAAUAGAAACGGCCGCCUAAUGCGUUGUUCAGGGUGCAAUACGAAUUGGCAGUUGUACGUCGGCUUUUAGUCUUGACUCUUGGCCAGGGUCAUAGGGGACGUGCACAUUGGCAUGCAGGAGCCCGGAAUGUUUGUCCUGCCCAUGGACGCAGAAAAAGCAGAAAAAAAGACGCGGGUUAAAGAAAUGGUGCAUGCAGACAGGAGAAAGAGGAGAAAGUGGGGAAGGAAGAUUAUCAGACUAGAG